GCGCAUCCCGGCAGGUCAGUUCGGGUCGGGAAGAAGGCGAGGAGACAAUCACUGGCUUUUGUUUGUACGUUGCAAUUUUAUUUUAUGGGAAAGAAGUGAUUUUUUGCAUACGCAACGAUUCAGAAUAUAUUGAAAAUUUUCCAAGACUGAAGUUUUUCGUUUGGAGUUUUAUAAAAUAUUUCGCAUCAUUAGACUUCGAGGUAAAUUUGCAAGGAGAAAGGAAAAAAUACCUUUCCGUCUGUUACAAAGUGUGUUUUGUGAAAUUAAUCUUUUGGAAACCCCUUGGACGACUCUGCGUAACCGACAGGGUGACGAAUCGCCAAGUGGACGAGCUGCAAGUCAGUUACAUGAAAAUAAGAUGUAUUCCGGAGCAACGAAGUCACCCCUAAAAUAAGCAACCCUUUUCUAUGAACGCGUCGUAAACCUCCGUUUUCUACGAUGAACAUGGUUGCGGCCAAGAGGUCAACGAGUUGGAAGACAGUCGGCCUCCUGCUGUUUUUCCCCUUACUCCUCAAAGCCGCCCACGGAGAGCAGUCCUUCGAGGAGGAACCGCAAGACACAACGGCGAAACACGGCGAAGCGGUGACGCUGCCGUGUAAGAUAAAGGACCGACGGGGUGUUGUGCAGUGGACGAAGGACGGCUUCGGGCUCGGGACGGACACGGACCUCCACGGCUUCAGCAGAUACAAGAUGAUUGUCAGAGAUGAUGAAGGAGUCUACAACCUGUACAUCCGGCCCGUGUUGGUCGAGGACGAUGCCGAGUACCAGUGCCAGGUGGGCGGCGCCGACGGGGAGCGCCACCUGAAGUCCACGAAUGCCAAGCUGACGGUGCAUUUCCCUCCGAAGGACGCGGACGAUAAGGUCUACUUAGAUAAAUCAUCUCCAAUGUUCACGACUGCUGGAGUCCCUGUGCGAAUCACGUGUGAAGCUGGCCUGAGCACACCGGCAGCUGAGAUCAAGUGGCUAAUGAACGGCAAGGAGGACUUCCCACGAAACAGCAUUAACACGACGAAGCAGCGGCAGGCGGACAGCAUCCUGGUCGGCGUCAGGAGCCACCUCGACCUGACACCGGAGAGGAAACACCACGAGGCCAACUUCACGUGUCAGGUGUCACAUCCAGCGCUCAAGGAACCGAUUCUCCGCACCCUGACGAUGAUGGUGAAGUACCCGCCGACGGUGAAGAUCGACGUCGACAGCGUCAAGAUUAAGGAAGGGGACGAUGUGAGAUUCACCUGCGCCGCAGAGGGCAACCCGUCCGUCCUCCGUUACCGCUGGGAGGUCGAGGAGCUGAGCGUCGUGGGCGAUCACACGACGGAGUACAGCAUUGAGGACAUCUCCCGGGAGCGCAACGGGGCCACCGUCGCCUGCGUCGUGUCCAACUCCAUCGGCUCCUCGAAGGACGCCAAGAAGAUCAGCGUCGAAUACGCCCCGCGGUUCAAGACGGAGCCGAUCGACGUAGACGCUGACGAAGGGGAGCAGGUGAGCCUCGCGUGCGACGUGGACGGCAACCCUCCGCCGGAGAUUGUGUGGCUUCACGAGGCUCAGAACAAGGUCAUCAAGAUCGGCGCCAAACUGGAGCUGACCGUCAAGCGAGAGACCGUGGGAACGUACCAUUGCAGGGCCGCUGUUGCAGGCUUUCCCGAGGAAUCAAGGUCAAUGCAGGUGUUCAUGCGAGGAGCACCGAAGGUCAUGCCUCAGGUUGAACAGUUUGGCUUGGAAGGAGACACGAUACAAGUUGAAUGCUUGAUCAAGUCGGUCCCAAAACCCAGUGAGGUUGUUUGGACGAGGAACGCCCAUACUAUCGACCCAAACAUGUCACGUUUUAACAUUCUGCAAGAGAGCAUACCGGGAGGAGUGAAAAACACACUCAUCAUUCACGACACGACGCCAGAGGAUUUUGGAUUCUACAACUGCACCGCUAAAAAUGGCUACGGGUCACACAUGGCGGAAAUACAGCUCAAAAGACAACUGUGUCACCUGGAUAAAGAAAUGGCCAUAAAGAUAGCUUUCAGAGAGAGCCUCCCCCUCGUGACGACCCUCGUGGCCAUCAUCGGCGGGAUCCUGUUCCUCGCGGUCGUCGUCAUCGUCAUCGUCCUCUUUAAGAAGAAGGGCAAGGGAUACAAAGAUUCCGGCCUGGAGAAGCACAGCAUGAGGUCCAGCGAUCGCUCCUCCACCCAUGACUCGGUGCUGAAGGUUGAGACCCGCACCGCCACCGGGUCUGACCUGUCGCCCUCCGAGGAUGACGACUACAGUUCUCACGACGACUGGGACCCGGAGACCACCGCCGCCGCCAACGCUCGCCGCCACGACCACUUCCGCUACUCUGCUGGCGAUUACGGGGAACCCAUAUUUUCCCCCAAGCAGGACGGCCCCAACAACAACAGCGGGGGCUACGUGCAGUACGUCGACUACUCGAGGGACUACAACCCGCCGCCGCCCGUCAGCUACAACCGCAACUCAAUGUACGCGAGCGGCGGGGCGCCUCUCAAUAACGUGGAUCCCCGCUACUCCGCCGCCUACGGGAACCCAUACCUCCGCGUCCCCGCCAGCUCCCGGGCGGCACACGGCGUCUACGGGACGACCGGCGGCGCUGGCACUGGCGGGGCCCCUGCUGUGCCUCCGCCGCCGGCAUCGUCGCUGGGGGGCACGGCGGAGAAUCUGUACAACGGAAACGCCGCCAUCCUCAAUAAUAACCUCAACAACAGCAAUAACAACGCGAACUACGGUCAGAUAGGCCGGCCGAAUAUACGGGCGAGCGGGACCAUGAACAAUCAGUAUAUUAUGGUGCCGCAGGGUGAGAUGCGGCACGGGGUACACGGGACGCACAUAUAAGGCGGCACCCCGGGUUCCACUGGCACUCGAGAACCACAGGAAACAAAGACUCGACGCUUCAUAAUCGGAGCGAGAG